AUGGAAGAACGCGAUUUCUCAGGGCUUCUAAAGUUCGACAACAACAGGAAACGUCAGAGGAAGGAGAAGAAAAAGCUGAAGAAAAUUGUCAAAAAGGCAUAUUCGUCGCAUAAAAAGGUAAUACACUAUUUUUUUCGAUUUUGUUUCAUUUUUAGGUUGAGGAAGUUAUCAAAAGCGAGUUUGAGUCUAAACGAGCCAAGUUGAAGAAGAAAGAGAAGGCGCCGAAGGCUAAGAAAGACAAAAGUCUUCAAAAAGAGGCCGAGGACUUUCAUGCGCAAGCUCGACAAGAGAGAUUCAAGCGAUUACAAGAGGAAUUGGAGGAGGAUGAGAAAGAAAUUAGAAGAUUGAGCAAGAAGCUGGGCUAUAAUAAGAGGAAAUCGACCAGCGUUCCGGAAAUUUUCGCAAAGGAAGGAUUAGAUGGUAGGUAAUAUUUAAAAUAAUAUAAUUGCUGUCUCCAAUAUGCUCGAAAGUCAAAGAGUCUUUCCCGUAAGGUAUAAUAUACAUUUUUGAAUCUUUUUUAGGACUCUGGGACGUCUGCGAAGAUGAAAAACGAGCAGAAUUGGCAAAAAGUGAGAAAGAAGAUCUUGCUAGAAUAACAGCUGAUGACGCUGAAUUUGACGAUUUCAAUCUUGCUGAAUCCGAUGAGGAGUCCAAGCCUAAGAAAACGGUUAGGAAGCUAGACACCAGCGCUGUGGAAAAAGUAAGUCUAUUAGAUUGCACUUGAUUUUUAGGUAAUAAAAUCUGGGAUUUCAUUAAUGACUGAUCUUCCUAGCUUCUCGGAGACCUGGAAGGCGACCUGGCUGCGCUUGACGAGUCCGGCGAUGAGAAUGCAGAAGAUCUUGACGAUUUUGAUGAUGAACUUGAUGAAGAAGAAGAAAUGGAGCUAAAUGAUGAAAAUUCAGAUUUUGGAGAUAAGGAAUUUGAUGAUGAAGACGAUGAAGAUUCCCAUCACAUCACUGAGGACAUUUAUGGGCGGAAAGUGGAUGCAAAAACGGGAAAGUUGAUUGAAAAGAUUGAUACGAAUAGAGCUGCCGAGAAAUUAAAAAAGCUGGAAGAAGAGUCCGAAUUGAGUAAAGAGGCCAAAUUCCAGCUGACAAAACAGAUUCGUAGUAUUUUGAACAGGUUGAAUGAAGGAACACUCGUGAAUUCGGUAAAAACUUUGACAGAUUUAUGGAAUUCGAAUCCCAGAAAUGGUAAGGUGAAAUUUUCUGAUUAUUAUGAUGUUUAGAUGUGAAGGAAAUUUUCUACGAAGUCUUCAACAAGGCCGUGUUUACCAGUUUUGCCCUGACGGAUCGAUUGUUAAUCGAAUAUUCGGCUUUCCUAUCCCUGGCCCAUCAGCUGGUCUCCACGGAUAUUUGUGAGUUUUUUGACGAUGUUGAUCUCAUUUGCUUGUGAGUCUUGACGUUGGAUGAAAGAUUUUGACUUCUUCUGUAAUUAGAACACUAUUUUAAUUAGUUUGGGGUUAAAGUUAGAGGUUUUUUGAGAAUUUGUAUCAGAUGUCUAAAAUAAUGUAAUUUUUUGAAGAUUCAUGUUUUAUUUCUGAUUCCAGCGGCUCAUCUGGUCGAGAAAUUCACGUUGGACUUCUUGGAGCACUUUGCCGAAUCAGAAAACGAUGAAAAGGAAUCAAAAAUCAUGAGGAAUGCCAUGGUUUUCUUCUCUCAUCUGUUCAAUUUCAAAAUUAUCAAGGCCUCUUUCUUGUUCGAAUUAAUGGAUCGACUUAGGAAAGUUGAGAAUCCACUUGGAUUUAACUUGAUUGGAGAUGUUUUUACAUGUAAGUAACGGAUAAAUUUUGUGAGAUUUAUUAUAUUAAUUUAGACGCAUCAGCAGCUCUCCGACGAAGAGAAGCGGCUCUAUUGUCCGCAUUUGUCAGCCGAUUGCAAGAGCAGAUAUCGAAAUUAAGCAAGGAAAAGAAGGAAGAGUAAGUUGGAUUAUUUUUUAGACUGUGAACUACUGACUUUUAUAAUGAUCUCUUAUUUAGCCCGCGGAUAUCGUAUUUGGUCGAAGAUUUCCUCGAAAUCAAAGGAAAUAAAUUGGCAAAGUACUCGGAGAAGUUUGAUAACACAUUCCUGGAUCAUUUUCAAAAGGUUCUCAAAGGACUGACAAAGAGUAAGAUAUUGGAAAUUUGGGAUAUUCAUUUAGAUUUAGCCAUCUGAUGGGAAGACUUUUAAAGACUGACGAUUUUUAUCGGGUUUUUGUGGAUUAUCAAAUUUUGAAUUAAUGAAAUAGGCUGUGUAGAGUGCAGAGGUUUAAUUUUGAGGCGGUAUACUGGGUUUGUUAUGUUUUAUAGCCAAGUUUUAUAUUACACAUGACCAAUAUUUUCAGAGUCGGAUCCGGUGACAGAGCUUGGAUUCUCGGUGGUUGAUGUCCUCAAUGUCAAGGAAAAGGGUCGAUGGUGGGUUGUAGGAUCUGCUUUCAACAGAAUCACCGUCGAUAAAGACGAAUCAGCCCCGACAACGUCAGCAAUAUCAAGCAAUCUGAACAAGUUUGAUAAGUCUCUUCUACAACUCGCAGAGAAGCUAAAGCUGAAAACAGAUAUCAGGAAGACUAUUUUCUGCACAGCUAUGAGUGCGACGGUAAGGGAAUCUUUCAAUUUAUUAGGAAAAAUUUGUUGGUUUUGACUAGUGUAAUAUAAUUUUUAUUUUAGAAUGUGGUAGACGCCUUUGAAAAGCUGCUAAAACUGACAACGAAGAAUGACAAACAAGGACGAGAGGUCGUCUACAUCUUGUUUGUUUGCGCCAUGAACGAAAAGGUCUAUAAUCCGUUUUAUUCGGCGUUGUUGGAAAGAUUUUGCGCACACAGGAAGACCUUCAAAUUAACCGCGCAAUUUGCUGUCUGGGAUAAGGUCAAGGAACUCGCAGACCUAAAGGCCAAACAGAGAACAAAUUUGGCCUAUUUGGUGGCGGAUAUGAUACGAUUGGAAUGUGUUCAACUUACUGUAUUAAAGGCAAGUGCAAUAUUCGAGUUUUAAGAUGUUUUUUGGGGUAAUUUGAAAAGAAAAGUAUUGUUAUUGGUAGUGCAAGACUAGAGGAGAUUUGAUUUGACCGAUACUUGACAUUUUGGGGGUUUUUUGAAAUUUGAAUUUUUAAAUUCCCGCCAAUUUUGGCUUUGUGUUCCAAGGUAUAUAAUGGUGUAAGAUUGCUCGAAAUGGCAUUACUGUUGCAUAGAGAGAUCGAGACGUCUGUAUACCUCUUUUUGUUAAUGUUAUCCGUGAAUAUUUUGAUGAUUUUCCCAAAUUUGUACUCUUUUUUUACCUAAAUUAUAUUCAGACUGUCAACUUUGCCCUGAUGGACCCCGUUAUCUCCACAUUCCUCAAACGACUCCUCUUCCGAUUGCUAGUCAAAGCAAAAGAGGCGGAUUUGGAAGAUUUGUUCCGACCAGUCGUCCAAAACCCAAAGUUCGAGCUCCUUUCCCAAGGCCUUCAACUUUUCUUCGAAGUGAAUCUGAAGCCAGAAGAAGAUUUCGCCGAAUCCCCGGAUCUAAAUCUCUUUAUGAAGAGGCUGUCUGUGGUGAGAAGUGUCUGGGGAAGAUCGUUAUAG